AUGCGAAAACGUGACUUUGCAAUGUUCGCAUUGGUUUGCCUUCUCUUGGUGGUUGCUUUGAACCAAGAGGGAAGUGUAACCAUUGAAAAGGCUUUCUUUUUCUCACAAACAACAAAUCAACAACCACUUUUAUUAAAAACAGGACAAGUGGAUUUAGUUCCAAAGCCUAUUAUCACUGAUAUUGAUGGAGAUGGAUCAAAGGAUUUAAUAACGAGUAAUGAUAAUGGUAGAAUUUCUAUAGUUUCCUUAAAAACUAUUUCAUCCUCUCUUUUGGUUCAUCAAGACAUGUUUAAUCCAAUCACUGAAGAAAAAUCAUUUGAUGUUAAUGAAAAGGACAAAAACAAAGGAACUGUUCAUCAUUCGAUUAUUGGUCUCGGACAUGGUCAUAUUAAAGUAAAGAAAAAGAAAGGACAAAGAGGAACAAAGAGAAUUGCUGCUGUUCUUUCAAAUUGGAAAGUUUUAUGUCUUGAUCCUGAUUUGAAUUUACAAUGGGAAUCUGAUCUUUUGCAACAUGUUGUUUCUGAAAUGAAGCUUACUGAUGUGGAAAUGGAAGAUUUGAGAAAUGAUUUCAAACCAUUUGAAGUUUUUGUUGCUGUUUAUCCUUGGAGAGUUCAUGAAAAUGAUGAAGGAAUGGUUAUUAUUGGUUUCCGUAAACCUCAAGAAAUGUUUGAUAAUGAUAGCACCAAGAGAACUGAAGAAACAGCUACUCAAAUCACAUAUUUCUGUCUUGAUGGAGCUACAGGUCAACUUCGUUGGAAGCAUCAAUCUAAUGCUAAGAGUUGGGAUGAUAAUGAAUUUUAUGAACAACAUUCUUUCAAAUUGAAUGCUCAACAACAUUUAAGUGACUCUGGUGAAGUUAUAUGGAGAGAAUAUAAGAAGAAGAUUAUGCAUCAUUUACCUCAUGUUUAUCGUCACCCAUAUGAUACCUCUGUUAUUUUGGACAAUUUCCAACCAACAAAGAAAGCUAAGGUUUCAAAGAUUCAAGAAAGAGCUGAAAAACAAGAUUAUGGUGAUAUUGGAGAAAAGGUUAAGAGUACCAUUCAAACUGUUACAACUAAGACUAAGGAUACCAAUGAAAAAUUGAAGAAGAAUAUUGAAUUGAUGAAGAAGUUUGAAAAGAUUCCAAACGUUAUGGUUGCCCAUCUUUCAAAGGGUAUUCAAGUUAUUCACUUGUAUACCGGUAGAACUUUAACUCAAUUUUCACCAUUGAAGGAAAACACCUACUAUCAAGAUAUUAACUUUGAUGGUAUGAUUGAUGCUGCUGAAGCUCAAGUUUGUAAGGCCAGAGUUGAAAGUGGAGCUCCAAAUCCAUAUGAUACUCUUUUCAGAAAGUCUGUCUGUAAACUUCAUCCAUCUUCUUUCAUUGAACAAUUCUCCAUUCCAUUCUUAAUGUCAAAUGAACAACAAGAGAGACAAAGCUUUGAUGAUGAUGAAGAAUACGAGGAUGAGCAAAUGGAUGUAGUCACACCAGCUAUUAUUGAACAUUAUUCUGCUGAACAAAAGCCACAACACAGAGCUAGAGAUUUAGUUUAUUUGACAUCAACUGGUUUGGUUACUGCAAUUACUUUUGAUAGAAAGAAUAGCGUUAAUGGUGAACCAAAAUUCAGAGUUAAAUGGCAAGUCAUGACACCAUCCUCUUUCAGAAGAGAAAGAGUUUUGGUUGAAUCUGGUGCUGAAACUGAAUCAUUUUUCCCUGAAAUUGUUGCUUUCCCACUCAGAAAGUUUGAAACUCACUCAUUCGUUGUUGCUGUUGGUGAAAAGAGAAUUACUAUUGUUGAUUUGUUUGGUAACGUUCAACAAAUUAUUGAACUCCCUCAUCCUUCUAUUUCUCCAAUUCAACUUGUUGACAUUAAUGGUGAUAAUAUUUUGGAUAUUGUUGUUUCCACCAAGCAAGGCAUUUAUGCUUAUAUUACUAGAGUUCACACCGGCAUGUCAGUUUUGACCUUCCUUAUUGUCUCACUUUUCGUUAUUGUUGGAUUAUUGUACCUUUCAACAUACAUUCAAUUGAACGAUCCAUUCUAUCACAGAAAGAUUGAUCGUUUCCAAAAAUAAAAAAAAUGAAAUCAUUG